AUGGUUGCUACGCGAUCUACACGCUCGCAAGCCAACGGUGCACAAAUUAAUUACCGAGAAAAACAAGAAUCAGAUUUAAGGCCAGACAAUGGGGAUUCGGAUACUUCCGAGGACGAUAAUGAUAAUUCUAAAGAUGCUGAACCAAUUUGGCUUCAGGAUGAAAACAUUGCCGAGGACCAGGAUGUAGCUCUUAGCUCUGACGAAGAGGAAAAUGACGACCAGCUUAAUCAAUUGAUAGACGCGAAUUUUGUCAAGAAAAGCGAUCUCAAAGAACGAGAAGAGAACGCGGAAGAGGCCGUAAUCGAUGAUGCCACUAUUUCACUAAAGAUCAACAAACUUCAGGAGUUCGUUAAGCAGAGUCAAGUAUAUUCUGGCAUAAUAGCAGACACGCUGUUAAAUAAGUCGCAAGAUCGACAAGUUAAAAGUGAUGAUACAGAACAACCUGCUAAAAAGCGGAAAAAAAUAACCGAUUUUUUUGGGAAAAGUUCUAGAGCUAUUGAAAGUACCGAACCUCAGUCAGAAAAAUUUACUCAUCAACAACCAUCCCUCCUCCAUAAUUGCGAGCUAAAACCAUAUCAACUAGAAGGCGUCAAUUGGCUCAUCACUCUGUACGAAAAUGGCUUGAACGGUAUUCUCGCAGAUGAAAUGGGCUUAGGCAAGACGCUUCAGAGCAUAGCGUUGUUUGCCUUCAUUACUGAGAUGGACACCAAGGGCCCUUUCCUGAUAGCAGCUCCCCUGAGCACAGUCGAUACUUGGAUGAGUGAAUUUGCUAGAUUUGCACCAGACAUCAGCGUUUUAAAGUACUAUGAUUCUCAAGGACAACAAAAACGAGCUUCGAAAAUUAAGAACUUCUUCAAACAAACCAAGGGAAGCGGAGUCGUUAUAACAUCCUAUGAGAUGAUCAUUAGAGAUAUCGACUUGAUUUUAUCUUACCAUUGGAAAUUCCUAAUCGUGGACGAAGGUCAUCGUAUUAAGAAUAUUAACUGCAAGUUAAUUCAGGAGCUCAAACGCAUUAAUACCUCAAAUCGUCUAUUACUCACUGGUACACCUUUGCAGAAUAAUUUAGGAGAAUUGUGGUCGCUUUUGAAUUUUAUCUUACCUGAUAUUUUUGCUGAUUUUGAGAUUUUCAACAAAUGGUUCGACUUCACUGACUUAGAAUUGCAAAGUUCGUCCGAAGGAUUGAAUAAACUGAUAAAUGAUGAACUUGAAAAAAGCUUGAUCUCUAACCUACACACUAUUCUCAAGCCCUUUCUACUUAGAAGGUUGAAAAAAGUAGUAUUGGCCAAAAGUUUACCGCCGAAACGUGAGUACAUUGUUAAUUGCCCGCUUACCCCGCUUCAGAUUAAGUUCUAUAAAGCUGCUUUGAACGGGAAAUUGAAACAAACUGUUUUCAAACAAGCUAUUAAAAAAUUCUUUUCGUUGAACCAAGACCACAUUGGCCAGGUUAGUAAUAAGACCAUACGGAACUUCAUGAACUGGAAAAUGAGUGAAGAACAAGAAAAACCAGCAGAUAAAGUUAUUCUGGAAAUGGACAAACUUUAUAACGAGCAUAUUCGUCGAGAACUUUUGAACAAGAAGCUUCAAAAUACCAUGAUUCAAUUGAGACAAAUAGUGGACUCCACCUUAUUAUUUUUCUUCCCUUUCAUGGACCCAGAACAGUUGAAGCUCGAUUUUUUACUGCAAUCUUCCGGAAAACUCCAAAUCCUGCAGCAAUUGGUUCCACCUCUAAUUCAUGAUGGACACAAAGUGUUAAUAUUCACGCAGUUUGUGACAAUGCUGGACUUUUUGGAGGAUUGGUGCGAAUUGAAUCAAAUUUCGGUAUGUCGUAUCGAUGGAUCGAUGGAUAAUGACACUCGUCAAGAACAUAUUAAUCGCUUCAAUUCUCCAAAAGGCCAAUAUAAAGCGUUCUUGAUAUCAACACGGGCCGGUGGACUAGGGAUAAACCUUACGGCUGCUGACUCAGUGGUUCUUUUCGAUAGCGAUUGGAAUCCUCAGGUUGAUUUGCAAGCUAUGGACCGAACUCACCGAAUCGGACAGACUAAGCCUGUGGUUGUCUACAGACUGUGUUGCGACAAUACCAUUGAACACGUUAUAAUGACGCGCGCCGCUAGCAAGCGCAGACUUGAGAAGAUGGUGAUUCAGAUGGGCAAAUUCAGCAAUUUAAAACGUCUUGCGGGAAGUGAACAAUCGUUUAGUGGCAUGAGCGCGGGACGCACACACCAACAUUCCUCCCCUUCGAAUAAGGAGCUCAUGCAAGAACUGUCACAACUUCUGCUGAGUGGAGAAUCAAGCAUCGGUUUUGCCAGAGGCCUCGACGGUGGUGCACUGACGGGUGACGAACUUAAAGAACUUUUCGACCGCUCAGCUGCCGCGUUCAAACCCAAAAGGGCUGAAAAAGAAUGGGACCAUAUUAAACUUUUUGAGACCACCAGCGCGGAGGAAUAA